AUGGCGGCCUCCCAGCUGGACUGCCUGGAGGACGCCCCCGCGGGGACCCCAGUGACUGAAUCCAGCCCCGAAUUCUUCUACUCGGAGGGGCAGCGGCUGGCUGUGGAGGCUCUGCUGGCCGGAGGGCAGUCGGCCUACGUGCAGCGCCUGGCGCAGGACAGGCUGCGCCCCUUCCUGUCCGACGACGAGCUCCGGCACCUGGCCGAGGCAGCCCGGGACGUCCCAGAGCCAGCAGGGGAGUGCGACGGGGACGCCGACGAGCUCAGCCUCAGCUACUGGCCCGGGUGCUCGGAUGAGCCCAUCCCCGAACUGGAGCUGGGCUGGCCCCUGGACGGGAACUGGAAGGGCAUCACCCGUGCGGAGGUCUACACGCACCCGCCGGGGGACGGGGCCCCCAAGGUCAAGGAGCUGGUGCGCAGGAAAAUUCAGGAGGCUGCCAAGGUGGUUGCCAUCGUGAUGGACGUCUUCACGGACCCCGACAUCCUGCUGGACCUGCACGAGGCCGGCAUGCAGCGCGGGGUCCCCGUCUACCUGAUCCUGGGGGAGCAGCACCUGGCCGCCUUCCUCAGCAUGGCAGAGGGCGCCUGCCUCAACGUGCGCUACAUGGAGAACCUGCGGGUCCGGGUCAUUGCGGGCUGCACCUUCUGGAGCCGACAGCGCAAACAGGUCACUGGGACCCUGAAGGAGAAAUUCCUGCUGAUCGACGGGGACACGGUGAUAACGGGGAGCUACAGCUUCACGUGGAGCGACGCCCGCCUGAGCCGCCAGCUGGUGACGCUGCUGACGGGCGAGAUCGCCGGGGCCUUCGACCGCGAGUUCCGGACCCUCUACGCCGCCUCCCGCCCGCUGGCGCCCGCCCGGGCCCCCCUGCCCAGCCCCCCGGCCCCGCCCCGCGACGGCCGCCCCAACGGCCAGCCCGCCCCCUACCGCAGCGAGCUGGCCGGGCUGCAGCUGUCCAAGGGCGCCCACCGGGUGGCCGAGCGCCGCUCCGUGGCCCCCCAGCCCGUGGCCAAGAGCCGGGCCGGGGAGUGGGAGCUGGUGCGGGUCGUGCGGGCCACGGUGGGCGACGAGCUGCCCGCCCUGCCCCGGCGCCUGGGCCCCGAGGGCCACAGCGCCCUGAGCGACGUGGACCGGGGCGGCCGGCCGGGCCGGCUGGCGGGCGCCGCGGGGCAGAGACCCAGCAAGUCCCUCUGGGACCUGAGCCGCCUCUCGCAGCUGUCCGGCUCCAGCGACGGCCCCGAGUCGGGGGACGAGGCGAAGGGCAAGCACAAGUGGGGCCUGCAGGACACGCCAGCCCGGGCGCUGAUGAGGCGGAGGGGUGCGCCCCCGGCCAGCGAGGAGCCCCGCCAGCCCCCCAUCUUCCUGUCGCCUGCCUACAUGCCCCCGCCGCAGGGCUACCGGGCCUUGGGCCGGCUGCAGGGGCAGCUCUACCACGGGCCCACGGCCCUGCCCCGUGUCUGGGGGGCCCCCCACGGCUACAGCCGGGACCGUCGCUAUUGA